AUGAAACAUGCAAUUCGCGGUAUCAUGGGUCGCCAUGCAGACUCAGACCAAGUCUCGAACCGCGCUGCACCAAAAUACCCUGUCGUUCUCGCCCAUGGAUUGCUCGGGUUUGAUGAACUACGUCUUGCUGGCCCAUAUCUCCCCGGUGUUCAGUACUGGCGUGGAAUCAAAGAGGCACUAACGGCGCGAGGAAUUGAAGUUAUCACGGCGUCAGUACCCCCAUCGGGCUCUAUCGAAGUGCGGGCUGAACAAUUGGCCCGAAAUAUCGAGACCGAGGCUCGAGGGAAAGAUGUUAAUAUCAUUGCGCAUAGCAUGGGUGGUCUUGAUUCGCGAUAUAUGAUUAGUCGCAUACGACCGGAGAAAUUCAAAGUCUUGUCACUGACCACCAUCGCAUCUCCGCAUCGAGGCUCAUCUGUGGCGGACUAUGUAAUUGAACAAAUUGGAGCCGAUCGCCUACCUCAGAUCUAUUAUGCCCUUAACCGACUAAAUGUCGAGACUGGUGCAUUCAGUCAACUGACACGAAAAUACAUGACCGAGACUUUCAACCCCAAUACCCCAGAUAUGGAUGAUGUCAGAUAUUUCUCCUAUGGAGCAGCAGUGAAUCCAAGUAUAUGGUCCGCCUUUCGGCUCUCACACCGAGUACUUGCGGAGAUCGAAGGACCCAAUGACGGCCUGGUCAGCGUGUCUAGUAGCCGGUGGGGAGGCGACUCGGGGUACAAAGGAACCCUUAUGGGCGUGAGCCAUCUGGACUUGAUCAACUGGACCAAUCGGCUCAAGUGGCUCGUCGGAGAAGUGACAGGCAACAAACGAAAGUUUAAUGCUAUUGCCUUUUACUUGGACAUUGCAGACAUGCUGGCAAAGGAGGGUCUUUAA